AAACGCGUAAACUGCAAAAAAAAAAUCCCACAUAGUGUCAAUAAAGUGUUGUACCAAAACCAGUUAAGAUGUCACUAUUUUUGUCUCGUUCUCUGAAAUAUUCAAUAUUUUGACGCUGAACUGUAUUGUCAGUGUUGAAAACUUGAACACUGGUGUCAUUGUUCAAGUUAACAAAGUCGAGAAGACAUUUUUUGGCAAUCAGGCAUCACUACUGUAGCUAGUGGUUCUGUUGGUAAACAUGCUGUCUGCUGAUGGAGUGAAGAUGAGAGUGUCGGUUGUGCUUCCUGCAAGUGGUACCGGGGACAGAUUUGGCACAUGUGUACCUAAACAGUUUAGCCCUCUGCUGAACCAGCCUCUACUUCUUCAUACACUCAAUGCAUUCCACAGGCUGGAAUGGGUAGGACAUGUUGUGAUGGUGGUGUCAGAUGAUGCCCUUGAAGAACUAACCAGCCAGCUCAAGGAAUGGCCAAAGCUUACCCUGGUCUGUGGUCACUCAACCAGGCAUAGAUCCAUACAAGCUGGCAUUCGGGCACUCGCUGAAGAUGGGAGGCCCCCAGAUGCUGUUAUCAUUCAUGAUGUUGUUCGGCCAUUUGUAGAGGAAGAGUUAAUUAAACAGGUCACUCUCGAUGCAAUCAGAUACGGGGCGGCCGGAGUGGCAAGACCUCUUGUUUCCACGGUGAUCAAAGUAGAUGGGGAGGGCAUGCUGACCGAGGCUCUUGACCGCAGCCAAUACCGAGCCAGCGAGAUGCCUCAGGCUUUCACCUACUCUGUGAUUAAGGAAGCAUAUGACAAGGCAGAUGCUACAGACCUUGACUAUGGCACUGAAUGUCUGUUGCUAGCUCUAAAACACACAGGCACCAGAGCCAGAGUGGUUCCUGGCCCAGACUACCUUUGGAAGGUUACCUACAAGAAAGACUUGUAUGCUGUAGAAGGGAUUAUGAAAGAGCAAUUGCUGUGCGCUGCGGUGCGUUUUUCUGAUGGCGGCGAGGAUUUGGAGCUACUUGAUGCAAUCUCUACCUGCUGUCAGCUGAGAUCUGUAACUGUCUUACGGAACAAUGACCAACAAGCUAAGUGCAAUUCCUGGGUGUUCAUCUGUAAGUCUGGGCCUGCUGACAUGGACACUGGACUAGCUGACGUGUGUAAUCAUGUGACAGCCAAGGAUGGAGAAACACAGUUUGUGAAACCAUGUGUCAUAUGUGUUCUGAGAGUAAAUUGUGAGGAUACAGAGAGACACUUUAAGAAUCUCAUCUCGAAUCAAAGCGAAAAACACCCCAGCUCCGUGUGGUAUGGGAUUGUUUCACGCAGGAAGGUGUCUGAUGCUGAAAAGAUAGGCAAAAUGGUGGCCAGUCUGCUGUGGACCCGAGAAGAGACAUUGACUGGCCAGACAUUUACUAUACACUGACCUCUAGUCAGAUAUUUACUAUACACUGACCUUCACCAUACUUGGGAAUACUUUUUUAUGGUGAUAUAAUUGUUGCAUACGGUAGUAAUUUACUCUUUUUAUGGUACAAAUUGUUGUCCCUUAUUGAUGCCAUGCAAAAAUUAAGAAUGUGAUGAACUAAAUGUCUUUAAAAACAAAUAAACUUAAGUUAGUUACAGCACUGAUAAUAGUGAUUUUGGACAUAAAUGUUUGGUAAACUUGCCACCGAAACAAAAUCUCAAUAUAAAAACACAAACAAGUUUAUCUACUAAGAAACUAGUGAUUAUUUUUCAUUUUAUUUAUUUUAUCAAUGUUUUAUAUAAUAUAUAAAUUCAUGCCAAGUGUGUGGUGUCUGAAGGACUCAACACAUACUAUAACCAGCCCAACUGCAUUCAUAUUCCCGAUAAUGACAUCGAUUAAACAAUUUAUUACUUAUAUUUACACUAAUAGCUCAUUAUUUCUUUCCAGAAUUUAAAAAAAAAAAAUUAAAUUCAUUUUUAGAAAACAUUACAGUAAUUCUUGCUCACCCAUUCUGUAAAUAGAACGACACAACUGUAACCGGAAACAAUUUAUCAUAUGACAUCACAAUAACGUGGGAAGAAAGAAAUGCUUCUGACACCAAUACAUUUAACAAAUAAUAAAUUAACACUUCAACAUGCUUAGUAAAAAAAAAAUUGGCCUAGUAACACAAACAAUAACAUGAUAAGCAAUUUGUCAUUUUAUGUAAAACACAAUGAUUCAUGGUCUGAAGAUGUUGCAUUCAUCGGAAUAUAUUCGCAAUGGCCAAAAGGCGGUUAAUUUAAGGAAGGGUAGUUUAGGUGUAAAUAUUAACAGAUAGAUGGUGCAACUCAUAUAUGCCAUUCUACUAGGGCAUAAAGCAGGAGUAGUUCUGGAUUUCCUUGUGAUACACUCCUUGAACUCGUGACACAUUGUUAUCUUGUGUUUCAAUAAAUACUAAUUUGACAUGUUGAUGAUCUCUUUUUAUAUCUUAUAUGGGUGUGCAUUCAAUGGAAUUUACACUAUAACAGUCAUAAGUUACAUGUAUGUAUGAAAGUACGCAACAAUUCUUAUUCAUGUUUUGUGUUGUCAACACUUGCUGGUCAGGUGAAACUUGAGUAAUGUUUUAUGAAAAAGAUAUUAGCACUAUUGUGCAUGGUUGUAUUUGACCUUUUUUAUAUCCAUUUUACUUUAUACUAUAUUAUUUUGGUAUACAUAUUACUUAGAUAUUAUUUUCAUGUGCAAUGAAAUACUUUGUACAUUGUACAUGUAGCAUUCUUAAUUUUUAGAAAUAUUUAUAUUAUGGUUGUGUUGCUUAAUUGUGUUUUGAGUAACUAGUCAAGGUAUUGUAAAUGCCUUGGUCUCGGUGUCCUCAUUGGGGAUAGUUUGCAAAAACUUGGCCAUAACUUUAAAAACCUUUGCAAGAUAUUCACGUGAAACUUGAUCUUCAUGUUGCCAGAAACAUUACAUACUUGUGUAGCAAGGCCAAUAACCUGUCAGUGAGUCAUGUUCCUAUUCAGCUUGGGGAAGAAAACAGACGAGCAUUGGCAUCCGCCUGCAGUACUCUUGUUAUCUGACAGUAUAACUAUUAGUGAGUUGUUGGGCAUAUUAGGGGCCCCGUUUUAUUUAUUGACAAUACUCAAGCAGACUUACUUAAAGUGUGUCUUUUGUUGAGUAUUAGACCAAAAACAAAAGCACAAACUAUUGCGCCAAUAAUAUAAGCUUGAUGUAUUAGAAUGAGAUUUUAAAUGAAGUAUUUGUAAUAAAAUAAAUGUAUUGGAUUUUAAACAA